AAGGCGAAGGACGCGGAGAUGGCUGCCUCUCGAGACGCCGAGAUCCUGAAUUCCGUGAAGACGUACUACGGGAAGGUGCUGAAGAAGUCAGCGGAUCUCCAGACCAACGCGUGCGUCACCCCGGCCAGGCCGGUGCCCAAGCACAUCCGAGAAGCGCUGCAGAAUGUGCACGAGGAAGUAACCUUGAGGUAUUAUGGCUGUGGUCUGGUUCUGCCUGAGGUGCGUUUGGAAAACUGCUGGAUUCUGGACCUGGGUAGUGGAAGUGGCAGAGAUUGCUAUGCCCUUAGCCAGCUGGUUGGUGAGAAAGGACGUGUCACUGGAAUCGAUAUGACCGAAGGCCAGGUCGAAUUGGCUAAGAAAUACGUUGACUACCACAUGGAAAAAUAUGGCUUCCGGACUCCCAACGUGACUUUUGUUCUUGGCUACAUAGAGAAGCUGGGGGAGGCUGGAAUCGAUGCAGACAGUCACGACAUUGUGGUAUCAAAUGGUGUCAUUAACCUUUCGCCUGAUAAAGAACAAGUGCUGCGGGAGGUGUAUCGAGUGCUCAAGCCCGGUGGGGAGCUCUAUUUCAGUGAUGUCUACGCCAGCCUUGACUUGCCGGAGACCAUCAGGACCCACAAAGUGCUAUGGGGAGAGUGCUUGGGUGGUGCUUUGUACUGGAAGGACCUUGCCAUCCUUGCCCAAAAAGUUGGAUUCUGCCCUCCACGUCUGGUCACUGCCAGCAUUAUUACAAUUCAAAACAAGGAACUGGAAAGCGUGGUUGGUGACUGUCGUUUUGUCUCUGCGACAUAUCGUCUCUUUAAACUGCCAAAGACAGAAGCAAUGCAGAGAUGUCAAGUGAUUUACAAUGGUGGAAUCAAGGGGUAUGAAAAGGAACUAAUCUUUGAUGCAAAUUUCACAUUUAAGGCAGGGGAGGUGGUGGAGGUGGAUGGACACACUGCAACCAUCUUGAAGAACUCGAGAUUUGCCCCAGAGUUCCAGGUCAAACCAACGGGAGUGAAGCCAGCAACAUGUGGAGGCAGCUGUGGUCCGCAGUCUGAGGAUUUAAUUUCGGACCCAUUCAAACUUGCAGAAGAAUCUGACAAACAAAAGCCCAGAUGUUCUGCCAAUGUGGCCGGCAGUUGCUGUGGCGCCAAGACAAGCUGCUGAAACUCCAGGUGAUCAGAAGACGGUGGUUAGGAGGCAGAGGGCUAAGCUGUCAAGCCUAAUUGGA